AUAGACCUGCCCUAGCUAGCGCUAGCUGGAGCCCAAGAACAUAGAAAUUAGAACAAGCCAAGCCCCAAGGCUUCCGACAUUUGAUUUCCCAAUUCCCACUAAAGUUCGUUCGCAAUGAUUUGACAAGCAAGACACCACACUAUAAGGCAAACAGACAUGAUGCACCAGCGGGGCACAGCCAGUGGUUCCAGUGAAAUGACCCAGACCUCUGAUCACAUUGAUCCUCCCAGAGAUUUUGUCAACAGCCAACACGAAAAGAGCAAGCCCAUGGCUUCCUUUCUGUACAACAAACAUGUCCUACCCGCUGCAAUUCCUGGACUGCUCUUCAUCUUCACUAUGGCUGGUGAGCUUCUCCUGGCGAUCCUGACUGUUGGAGCUCUGGCCAUUUACCUCAUGGUUAGUGGUGAUGCUCCCCAGAAUGCGGUCAUUGCCUACAUCUGCACCUUUGUGGCAUCCCAGAUGGCUGUCCUCUACUCCUGUCUUCCACUCAUCUGGAUCUCCAUCUUCAACAUCCCAUUGCUGAUGCUGCUCAACAUGUUCCUUGGAUUGACCGGUGUCUGGGGACUUAUCCAAUUUCCUUUCUUCAUUAGCAACCAACCCAUCUUGUCACAGACCAUCGAGAUGGGACUUUUCUCUCUCUAUCCGCUAGUAUCAGUUGGACUUGUGACCUGGCUGUUAGCAUACCUGACGUCUGUCAGGUUCGCUCUCUAUGUGGCAGUCUUCUACGGCUUUCUUCUUUUGAGGAUCUUCCUUAAACCAGCAAUAUCAUCAUUCUACAAGCUCAACCCAGAGCAGUCAAGGAGAAGUCAGAUCUUAGGACGGGCAGAAGCAGCAGCAGUACUCAUCGUAUAUGUUGGGUUUCCAUUUCUUUUAUAUCUAACUUCACAUAUAAUGGAAAUGCUGCAUGCUAAUAUCCUUACCCUUGUAGAAUUAUUGCUCAUAGCCUGUUUACCUUCUUUUCUAGCAACUUUAAUACAACUUCGUGGACUCUAUGAACAAUUUAACAUAACUGUAAAUCAGGUGAUAUAUGCUAGAAUCAUACUUGGUUUUGUGUCUCUCAUCUUGUCCUGUUGGAUUGCACAGCAAUUGGGCCUUUCAUCUGCAACAUCUUGGUUGUUCCCAGCAAUUGCAUCAUACACACUACUGGGCUUCUCCUUGUCAAAGGGUAGACGGUUUUUAGUUGCCUCCACACUUCUUACUCUUGGAACCGUGUUUAUCACAUCCUAUGCUAUCUACCAGGUAGUACCUUUGUCUCUCAUGAUACCAUCUGUAUCAACCCUUCCCCUAACCCUCCUCCUGGUUUUGAAUGCAACUGUAUCUGUUGCAUGUGUCUUGCUGGCUAGAACAAAGUAUUCUAAUCUCUCGUUGUGCAUUCUUUUACAGGCAGCUCUACUUGUACAUUCAGAAUGUUUCCUUCUAUCUCUAGGCCUUUAUAUGCAGUUCCUUGCUGUUUUAACAUUCUUGCUUCAAAUGUAUCUCAUUGCCAGAUUGCAUGCAAGUUCAAAGGUCACCCAUCACUGCCUUUGGUUAUGUGGCACUAUUCAUUCAAUGAAACUUCCCUUUUGCUUCGAAUACAUUUUAAAAAUUUCAGAAAAUAAGGCAAGUAUUGGAAUCCUUUCCAGCUAUAGUUGUGUUGCUUUGAUAGGUAUCACUCUUAGGAUUCUUAUUUAUGAAAAUCAAGAGCAACUUUCACCCAAGGAAAUUCUUAGAUACCUCUUCUUUUCAGCUGUUAGUGUUCCAACAUUUAUCUUGAAUGUGAUGCAACCUGUUUUUCUGCAGGUAUUAGAUGUAAACUUUGUGGCAGUCUUGUUCACAGAUUUGAUGGUAACAAGUGCAUUUGCUUUCAAGCUGACCAAGUGCAAUAUGAAGCAGAAUCUGAAUGGUUUCAAAGUGAGUGGAGUAAUGUUUUUUGUAAGUGGCAUUUCGUUGCUGAUGCAAGCACCAGUCAUUAAGGAACGUAUGUCUCUGUGGUCAGUGCUCAUGAUAGAGAUGGCUGCUGUGCUUCUAUUGUCCAGUUCAUGUUCCCUGAUCCACCCUCCUCAUCCCCGUCCCUAUGCCUUUGUGGGAGGGCUACUUAUUGGUAUACCUAUAGGUGUGAUUAUACAUCAGUUCAUAGAGCCUUUUGGUGGUCUGUUGUCCAUUGUAGCAUAUGCUGCACUCUGUGUUGAGGUCUUUACAAUAAUCCUACUGCUUUGGAGGUAUUCCAUCGAAUGGAAGGAUAGGAAUCUCACACAGUGUGCCAAAGAUCUCUUCUUGCAUGGGACAUUUGUUGCUUUUUUCAUAAUAUCCUUGUCUGUAUUUCUGAACGAUCUUUGCAACCUCACUAAAUCAUCAUGGUGGAAUGCUGUCUCACAGGUUCCUUCAACAUCCCUUUUAUGUACCAUCUCUGGCAUCCUAUCGCUCACUAUCAGAUUAUUCUGUCUCAAGUGGCAGCAGCAGAAUCCUUUCUCCUACAAACCAGGCCUGAUCCCUACUUAUGGUAACAUCCUCACCAUCAUGACCUACCUUUUAGCAAUCAUUAGCAACCCUCUCCCAUUUCCUGAGAUCUGGAACUCUGUAGCAUCCAUCGUUUUCCUAUUCUUUCAACAAGACCUCAAAAUAUUCCCCAAUUUCCGUGCACCCAUGCGGACGGGUACUAUCUUUGCCGUUUGCAUGAGCCAGUUUUUAUUCUUUUCCUUCAAGUAUUCUAUUAUGUGGACAGAAGGGAUUGGUGUCUUUGCCAUCCUUGAGGUCCUAACACUGCCUCUCAGUAUUCCCUUGCUCAUCGUCAUGACAAUAGUCCUUUCACAACCUCUCAAGUUUACUAUCCCAGAGCAAACAGUCAUACUGUGUACACCUCUGCCUGUCCUUGUGUUCACACUUGGUAGUAGCUAUGCUAGUUGGGUGCAUGCUGGAACUAGCUUUGGGUGUGGUGUUUGGCUUUUACAAAAGACGUCUUUUGGUUUACAAUAAGUGUACAUACCAUUUGUAGAUAUUUUAUACUAAUUAUUUGGGAAUUGCAAUAAGUAUUACUGGUUUUAACUAUAAAAUGUUUCUGUAUCACGUUUUAUGCUGUUGAAAUCUGUUUUUACUCGUGUUUGAUAUUUUGGGGGCUUUUUAGUCUGAUCAGAGUUUGGUUUUUCAAUUUGAUUUUAAUAUAAACUCUGGCUUUAGAAGGUUAUUUAGUGAAUGAAUAUACCUUACAUCAGUUUUUGUGAUUGAAAUUCACAUUUUAAUAUCUUUUUAAUGUUAAACAAAUAAUGUACAUUUUUUGUUGUGUUGUGGCAAUGCAGCAUACACAAGGCGUUUUCAAUAUGUGACAUUCAUAUGAAUACCAGAGAUACCUGCAUCGUCACUGACAUCAUGAAUUAAAAAAAAUGUGCAUUAUUUGUUUUAUAAAGUGGGUUGGCAAAAUGAAUCUGUAGUGGCAAGUUUGUUUGAAUCCCUUCAAAUUUAUAGUAUCGCACAAACAAAAAGGUCACAUCUGUUUUAUUUUGUGAUAUCACAGGCAUACCUCCUAAGCAUGCCCGACUAAGUGCAUCAAAAUCCUUGCCAUAACCUUUUCUUUGAAAGAAUGGAUAUUUAAUAUGGCAGCUCAUUUUUUAUGCGCUAUGAGGUAAAUGGUGCACCUUAAAGGUCAAGUCCACCCCAGAAAAAUGUUGAUUUGAAUAAAUAGACAAAAAUCAAACUAGCAUACCGCUGAAAUUUUCUUUAAAAUCAGAUGUAAAAUAAGAAAGUUAUGGCAUUUUAAAUUUUCGCUUAUUUUUCACAAAACAGUGAUAUGCACAACUCAACGUCAUGCAAUUGAGUCAGUUGAUGAUGUCCAUCACUCACUAUUUCUUUUGUGUUUCAUUGUUUGAAUUAUAAAAUAUUUUAUUUUUUGACAGAUUUGACAUUAAGGACCAAGUUGACUUAAUCAUAUAGUAUUAAACAAUGCAAAUUUCACAUGUUCAGGGAGGAAUUAAUUGCUGUUUCACGUGACAAUUAGGAGAAAAUUAGAAUAUUUCAUACUUCAUGUAAUAAAAUACAAAAGAAAUAUUGAGUGGAUGACGCGCAGUCUCCUCAUUUGCAUACCGACCAGGAUGUGCAUGUAACUGUUUUGUGAAAUUAAGCAAAACUUUAAAAUGUCAUAACUUUCUUAUUGUACAUCCGAUUUUGAUGAAAUUUUCAGUGUUACACUUGUUGGAUUUUUCUCUUUAUUCAAAUCAAGUUUUUGUUGGGGUGGACUUGUCUUUUAAAUACACAGUACUGCACCCCAAAAUUCAUGGCUGGAAGGUUGCACAAAAUAAGUCACCAUUAAAUGCACCCUUGAACCUGUAUUAUAAUAGUUUUUAUAGAAGGCAAGCAGUAUUUAUAUAUGUAAUGACAGUUGUGUGAAACAGUACUAUUUCAAACCAUUUUUAAUACUGUGAGAAACUGUUUUUACAGAUUUUGUAGAUUUACAAAUUCAAGUACAAAAUCACUAUCUUUUUGAAAAGUUUGUGGAGAUGGAAUGUUUUAAACCAAUUCUAGAUUAAAAUUUACUAAUUUAAAUUUCAAAUUUCAGAUUCCAGUUUUGUGUAGAUAAUUUGUGGUCUUUGAUGAAAUAGUUGGGAAUAAAGUUAUUUGUCUAUCAUUAGUUAUUGAAAGCUCAAUAAUUUUAUUUUUUUAUUAAGAUGUGUUUAUGCAAAAAAAUAUAUAUAUAUAGGCAUAAACAGUGGAUCUGUAGAAACUGCUUAGAUAGAGAAAUAGAAAACAGUAUUGUAUUUUGCCAUAAGAUCAGGGAAGAACUUAAUCAACAUUUUGUCAAUGUGACAAAUUAUCAGAGCUGACAAAUUUCCUUGCUUUUGAUUGGCUGAGAAGCACAGAUGACUGACUGUUACUACGGUAACUGUCAAUGGCAACUUGUCAGUGAUGUCAACUCUUGUUAUUGUUGUUGGGGUUUUUUGUGCUGAAAGAUAAUUUUCAUCAAAUGGUUCCUGAAGCAAAUCGCAAAUGUAUAAUUGGACAGCAAGUAGGUUUCUUGCAUUACUCUCUCUUUCUUGUACUUUUGAGAAAUGAAACCUAAUCUGAGAUAUUUUACAGUGUGGUGGAAUGCUAGGCUCUCCCUCUUUGUAACUUUGUAAAAAUUGAAAUUGAAUUAAAUUGUGCUUUGUAAAAUUGAAUUGAAUUGAACUUCUGGCUAAAUUCAAAUGGAAUUUCUGAAAUAUACUUUUCUUCAUGUACAGAUAAGUAAUUCUAGAAAGACACUUAAAAGAAUGAACUGUAAUAAUGAAUGAAUUGAUAAUGUCAUGAGCAUAUGAUAUUAUGGAACUUUGCAAUAUUUUGUUGAAUGUAGUAUUGUCAGAAUGUGCACAUUGAGGUUAAAUUAGUAUUUUCUAAUAAAUGUCAGUUCAUAGGACAGAAAAAAUGAGUAAAAACAGAAAUAGUGACGGGUGAAACAAAUUAAUUGAGGAUUAAGAAAGUGAUGGCUAAAAACAAAAGUACUGAUUUGUGUUCAUCAGAAUAUUAUUAUAGAAAAUUAGACAAAGGUAACUUUGUGAUGGGCUGUUAAACCAUCAUAUCUCAAAAUUUACAAUUUUUAGGACAGAUCAGGAAAAGCUUAUUUUAGAAUUAUUGCAAGGGUUACAACCUCAUUUUAUCUAAAACAGUCUCCUAAUUCCUGUAGAGAACUAUUUCUAGGCAAAAGAGGGCUGCCACCUAUGUCAUAAACUCAAAUAUAUAUUUUUUUCUGAGCUGAACUCUAAUUUGCUUACUUUUUGAGAUACAUGUACAAUGUUUUUACAGCCCGCCAGUGAGCUCUAAAUGAUAAUGUUUAAACAAAAUAGUACUGUGGAUCAUUGCUAUGUGAUAAAUCACUUUCAUCUUAAAUCAUAAAUCUACUUCUGACCUUUCAUCACUGAUUAUGAGGAUAAUCACGCAUUAUAAAUGAAUGCCUGAUCAUGUUUGCGCUCUCGGGUCCUUUUUUUUUUCAUCUAAUAAAAUGAGAUCGCUAAGAUUAUGAAAAUCUCAAAUUGGCAAUGUGGUGAGUAGAUUGUGUCAAAUGGUAAAGAUGAUGAAGUUACCAUUUGUUGUGUAAUUUAUUAUCAGAAAUUUGUGAUUUCCCCCAUAAGCACUUUCACCUUUUGAUGGUAAUCAUGGUACAACAGAGAUAACAUGUGAUGUUGAAAGAAGAGUAUCAUUCUGAGUAAGCUUUUAAAAGAUUUACCUUUUUAAAGUAGAUUACUGUAUCUUUUAGUCAUUUUGUGCAUUGGAUCAAAUAGAAGAUGUGUUUUCACCAUACAGCAUGAUGACAUUACUAUUAUUUAUGUAGUCUGCUUUGAAAUCCUCAAAAAUCAAAGAUAUACAUGUAAUUUUUUACAGCUUUUAAAAAUGUAUAGAUCUUGUCUGUCCGUUCAAACUUUCACUUAUCUGGGCUCCGUAACACGAAGGUUUGCGAUGAAUUGCAAAUAUGAAAGAACACCCCUGAUUGGUCCCUGGUCAGUAUUUUAAACUUAGUGCGCAUGUAACAUUGAUAUUGAUUGGUCAGUUCAUUUAGCGAUUGAUCGCUAAUCUUUGUGUUACGGAGCCCAGCAGAGCCCAGCUCUCUAAUUUUCAUUUUCUCAUGUAAAUAAACUGAAAAAGUUAAGUAGGCCGGGGCCCUAUUGCAUAAAAGUUACUAUUUUGGUAACUUUGCAAUCCAAUGGUAACUUCCCUUUAAUAAAUCAUCCGCUCUGAUUAGCUGUUAGGCGUUAUUACCAUGGUAGUUACUAUUGGAUGGCAAAGUAACUUCUAUGCAACGGUGCCCAGCUAUUCAAGGAAAUCAAUGAAAAUCAUGAUACUGAAUAUCCCAUACAAUGAUUUAACAACUAGUACUUUAUAGUAUACUAAUAUAUGAUUUUUUUAGGGGAACGGAUAUUGACAAGUGUGAUUUCUUUUUCAGGUCGUUGCACUUUAAAUUGAUACUUUCUUUGUUGAUUAUCAACCUAAUGUUUAAACAAAUGUACGCCUUUUAUGUAUUUUGUGUCUAUAAAUGCAGGAUUCAAUAAGUCAUCUGAUGAUUAAAAAAGUUUUUAAAGAAUGUCCUAAAGAUAUGUGUAAUUAUCAUGAAUUACAAUGUGUAUUUGCCCACUUUUCUAUUGGCUAGUAUGUAAUUAUGUAAGCAAUGACCAGUGCAAAUCCACCGACAUAUUUAUGUAUCUUCUUAGCUGUAAAUAAGACAUAUUUUUAUGAAGUGGAAUAUUGCUCAAUCAUCUGAAAGCCUGGUUAAUAAAAAGUUUUUAGAAAAUAGAACUA